CCGCGUCAUCAGCUGGAGACAAGAUGGCCGGUGGGCAGUUGAAGUCCGGUUCUGGAGUCAGUGUGCAGCUUGGGCGACGUUGCGUCCUCGCCGCCGCUGGCUUCACUCACUGGUAAAGCACUGCCGACUAAGAGAUUCACAGGGGGAAGAGAUAGAGAGAAUAAUUUCCUUUAGAGGAGGCGGCGGAGGAAGAAAGGGAAAUUCCCCGGCUGCCUGUCACCAGCGGAGACCUCGCUUAGCGCUGAGUUGGAGUCUUUGUGACUGACUGGGUCUCCAGCACUCGGCCAUGUAUUUCCUGAGCGGCUGGCCCCGGAGGCUGCUGUGUCCCCUCAAGGGCUCGGAGAAGCCGUUUCACAUUCAGCCUGACUCGCGGAGGCUGGUGUUCGCACUCCUGUCGCAGACACAGAUCAGCCUAUGGUACAGCAGGCCCAGUGUUUUAAUUGUAAGCUACAAGGAAUCUGCAAAGGCAGCUUCACAGUUUGGAUCAUAUGAAAGGACAGAAUGGAAGCCUGACAGCAGCAUGAUUGCAGUUGCGACUACAAAUGGAUACAUCUUACUCUUUGACAUUGUGUGCUCAGGACAAGAGAAAUGCUUAUAUGAACCAGUAUAUCCCAAAGGAAAUCCAAGAGUCAAAGUCACUCCAGGUUAUAAGGAGGAACAAUGUGCUCCAUCCCUAACUGUGGAGAUGAAGAAAGUGCUCGAUUUCCAAGCAAAAAUCACAAGUUUGCAGUCCAUGCAGGACGAUUUGGUCAUUGCUACUAAUGAUGGGAUACUGCACCUUAUUCAUUGGGAUGGCUUGACAAAUGGAAGGAAAGCCAUUAAUCUUUGUUCAGUCCCAUUUUCUGUAGACCUGCAGUCUUCGAGAGGUCCUUCAUUAGAUUUUGAAUCUGUACAUAUUCAAGACAUGGAAUAUGGGUCAACUCUUGAUGGUUUUGCUGUGGUUUUUGAUGAUGGUCGGAUUGGUUUCGUUACUCCUGUGUCCAGUAAACUUACAGCUGAAAACUUGCAUGGUGUGUGGGCACAAGAAAUAACCGAUGGUACUUGUGUGGCUGUAAACAACAAGUACAAAUUAAUGGCCUUUGGGUGUGCCAAUGGUUCAGUUUUAGUUUACACAAUGGAUACAACUACAGGAGCUAUGCAGUUGUCCCACAAGUUGGAAUUAACUCCUAAACAUUACCCUGAUAUUUGGAACAAGACUGGGGCAGUGAAACUAAUCAGAUGGUCACCUGAUUGUAGUGUUGCUAUGGUAACAUGGGCUUGUGGAGGCUUAUCCUUAUGGAGUGUUUUUGGUGCUCAUCUAUUUUGCACACUGGGUGGAGAUUUUGCGCAUUAUUCUGAUGGGACCAAAAAGGAACCUAUGAAAAUCAGCUCUAUGAGUUGGGGUGCUGAAGGCUAUCACCUUUGGGCCAUUUCCAGUGAUAGUACUCAAGUGGGAAAUGACUUGGAGAACAAAAAUGUAGUACAGCAAGCAGAAAUUCUGCAGUUCCAAUUCAUCAAAAGCGCUUUAACAGUCAAUCCCUGCAUGAAUAACCAAGAGCAAGUACUUCUUCAAGGAGAAGAUCGACUGUAUUUGAACUGUGGUGAUGCGUUGCAAAAUCAAAAUUCAAGUACUGCAGCAGCAAAUUCAGGCCAUCAGCCAGUCAGGGAAAAGAAUCCUCUCUAUAAUGACAUUCUAGUUCCUCAGGGUUUAAGCACUUUAUUAGGACACAGGCACUGGCAUGUUGUACAGAUCCAUAGUACCUAUCUAGAAAGUAACUGGCCAAUAAAGUUUGCAGCAAUAGACCAGCUGGGUCAGUGUGUUGCUGUAGCAGGCAAAUAUGGAAUUGCGCACUAUGCUUUGUUUACGAGGAAAUGGAAGCUUUUUGGAAAUAUUACCCAGGAACAGAAUAUGGCUGUGACUGGUGGUCUCGCAUGGUGGAAUGACUUCAUUGUUUUAGCCUGUUAUAAUUUGGUCGACCAACAGGAAGAGCUACGACUUUAUCUCCGGUCUUCCAACCUUGACAAUGUUUUUGCUCAUAUUACCAAAGUGCAAUCAGAGACUUUGCUCAUAAAUGUCUUCAAGGACAUGGUGAUUUUGUUUAGAGUGGACUGCUCUAUCUGCUUAUACAGUAUUGAUCGAAAAGAUGAUGGUCCUAAUCCCACUGCCAGUGUUCAAGUUCUUCAGGAGGUAUCCAUGUCACGUUACAUCCCACACCCUUCACUCGUGGUAUCAAUAACUUUGACCUCUGUGAGAACAGAGACAGGCAUCACCUUGAAAAUGCCACAGCAGGCCUGUGCUGCAGAGAGCAUUAUGCUCAAUUUAGCAGGUCAGCUUAUCAUGCUACAAAGGGAUCGAUCAGGUCCUCAGGUACGAGAGAAGGACAGCGUUUCCAAACAAAAGAAGCUUCUCCCUUUCUGUGCUCCGGUGGUGCUUGCCCAGUGUGUUGAAAACGUAUGGACCACCUGUCGAUCUAACAAACAGAAGCGUCAUUUGCUGGAAGCUCUCUGGCUUAAUUGUGGAGAAGCAGGGAUGAAAGUCUGGCUCCCUCUUUUUCCUAGAGACAAUCGCAAGCCACAUUCCUUUCUUUCCAGACGGAUCAUGUUGCCUUUCCAGAUCAAUAUCUAUCCCCUGGCUGUCCUAUUCGAGGAUGCCUUGGUCCUUGGUGCAGUGAACGAAACUGUACUGUAUGACAACUUAUACACACGCAACAAUGAAAAAGAACCUUUGGAAGUCCUAUUCCCUUUCUGUACUGUUGAGAGGACCUCCCAAAUCUACCUCCAUCAUAUUCUUCGCCAGCUCCUGGUCAGAAACCUUGGUGAACAGGCUUUGCUUCUAGCUCAGUCUUGUGUCACAUUACCAUACUUUCCUCAUGUACUGGAACUGAUGCUUCAUGAAGUAUUGGAAGAAGAAGCUACCUCCCGGGAACCUAUUCCUGAUCCUCUGCUUCCAACUGUGGCAAAGUUCAUCACUGAAUUUCCUCUUUUUCUCCAGACAGUAGUUCACUGUGCUAGAAAGACUGAAUAUGCCUUGUGGAAUUAUUUGUUUGCUGCUGUAGGCAACCCAAAAGAUUUGUUUGAAGAGUGUCUGUUGGCACAAGAUUUGGACACUGCUGCAUCUUAUCUCAUCAUCUUGCAGAACAUGGAGGUCCCUGCGGUCAGUAGACAGCACGCCACACUGCUUUUCAGCACAGCUCUGGAACACGGAAAGUGGGAUCUUUGCCGUCAUAUGAUCCGUUUCUUGAAAGCCAUUGGUGCAGGAGAAUUGGAGACCCCUCCACCAACUCCAACCCAUCAGGAACCCAGUUCAACUGGUGGUUUUGAGUUCUUCAAACAUAGAAGCAUCAGUUUUUCACAGUCAGUGGAAGGCCUCAGUGCUAGUAAAUUUAAUCUGCAGAAGACAUUAAGCAUGCCUUCAGGGCCCUCUGCCAAAAGGUGGAGUAAAGAUGUUGACAAUGCUGAGAAUAUGUAUAUAGAUGAGAUGCUUUGGCGUCAUGCACGAAGACUGCUGGAAGAGAUGAGACUAAAAGAUCUCAGCAGCUUUGCUGCACAGUUGGGAUUUGAGCUUAUUGGCUGGCUCAGCAAAGAAAGAACUCGGGCAGCUCGAGUUGAGGAUUUUGUUAAGGCUUUAAAAAGACUACAUAAUGACUUUCUUUGGCCAGUUCCUGUUAUUCCUUCCAGCUGUUUAGUAAAUUCACCAUUCAAAAAUGGCAAAUAUAAAACAGUUGGAGAACAGUUUCUUAACUCUCAGUCAACUGAGACUUUUGUAACCAGUGAUUUGGAGAGUGGAGUCAUAAAUGCACAUGCUGGCCACAUCUGUCUUAGCCUUAAUACUGCACACACGCAAACAGAUUCUGGCUCAUUGCAAGGACCUCAGACGCAAGAUGCAAUUCUGUCACCAUUACUUUCAAAAGGUGAUGAAUGCAGUAUCGGAUCAGCGACUGAUCUUACAGAAACCAGUUCUAUGGUCGAUGGUGACUGGACUAUGGUGGAUGAAGGUUUUUCUGCACUCAGUCUAACACAGUCUGAUUUGGAAUAUAUAUCAAUGGAGUUGGCCAACAAAGGCCCUCGCAAGUCACAGGUUCAGUUAAGGUAUCUGAUGCACAUUUUUAUGGAAGCUGGCUGUUUGGAGUGGUGUAUGAUUAUAGCCCUUAUUCUUCGAGAUUCCGCUGUGAUCUGUCAGAUAAUCAGUUCAGUCCAACACUCUGAAGUUCCCACGGACAUUUUGCAGGGUAUAAAAAGUGGGAUGCUAGCUGUGGAUGGAUGGGCUUUAGCAGAUUGCCCUGGAUACAAGCCAUUUCUGAAUCGUAUAAAGCCCCAGCUGCAGAAAUUGAACGAGAUCACAGAGGAGCAGAUUCAGCCUGAAGCUUUUCAGCCUUUGAGCCGGGUCAGCAUAUCAAAGACAGUGGAGGCCCCCAGCUCUUGGACAGAGGACAAUAGAAAUGCUGCAAGUCAUAUUAACGGUAGCCAGAAUGAUGGCAGUGGGAUUACCAGCAGGCCGGAAGAUGACGGUCAAGAGGAAGAAGAGGAGCAGCAACUUGAGGACGAAGGGAGUUAUGAGUGUUCUGUGUCAUGAAUUGGUUAUCUUCAGACAGCUGCACUCCAAACUUUAGAAAUGACAAAUGAAUCACUAGUGCCUUGUGUUAGUGUUGUGCACAUGCCUUACUGCGUACUAGAGAAAAUGUGUCUCACUUAGAGGUAUAGAACAUCAAUUUUGAUGUUUCAUGCUCCCUAAAAGUAAAAGCAAUAUCCUGGAGUCACUUCUGGAGUUUGCUGGCAUGUACACCCCCAGUCCAGAGAUCACCCCUGUAAAUGUGAUUUAUCAUUCCCUGUGCUCCCUGGAAUAAUUGAAUGUCCAAGCUGCAAAAUUAUUAGGGAAAAUGAAUUCAUGAUAGUGAGGAUGACUUAUGGAAAAAUAUGUUUCUAAAAACAGUGAUAUUUUAUUGCUGCAUUUGUAGGUACUUGACUCCAUUCCAUUAAUGCUUUUGCAAGAUGCUCUGUGUUUCAAAUGUGGUUUGAUAAUGCUUCUAUUCUGGCAUGACUGAGGGAGUCUCUCAAAGUUUCUCUCAGGACAGAGUAAAAUGUCCCAAAUUCCUGUUCAUUUUUUGGUCAGUCCAGAGAAUUUUAAGGACACAUGCUGCAUAUAACCGAGGUGAAAAAGCAAAAUCUAGGCAAUGUAUUCAUUGGUAGUGGUUUGAGGAAUGGAAUAGCAGAGUGUUUGGAAGCAUUGUAAUAUUUUUAACAUCUGAAUAAUUUGAUUUUUAAGGAUGUUUGAAUUUUGAGUCAAACUACAAGUUAAUCUGUUAUUUUUCUGUGCUCCUGGUGGCUUAGAAAUUCUUACAUAACUGAGCCAUAAUGUAAUGCGGAGACCUGGAAAAUAUAUUUACCACAAGACUUUUCUAUUACUCUUUUGGCAUUGAGUUUUUAAACAUCUAUGUCUGUAAGAAUAACUAAAGCCAGUGACUAUUCCACAGAAAAGUUGCAAAAUACAGAUCUCUUGUAAACAGUCAGGAGGAAAGCGUGAAUUUAAUUUCAAAAGACAGUGUUAUUCUCAAUUAAGCGCAAAUUGCUCUUAUCUUUGCAAAAUAAGAGUUGAUUAAAGUGCUAUAUUAAUUGGAAAGAGGCAAGUCCUCAUUUUCCACAUCAGUGUUCUCUUUUUCUUCUGCAGGUCCUGAAUGUUGCCCCUUUACAACUUGAAGUGAGAAAUGAAAUAUUUUUAAAAUAUUCUUCAAUUGUAUAAGAUAAUUAAUUUCCACUUCAUUUAGAUUGAAUACAUUAUUACAGGGUUCGCAACUAAGGUGUAUGUAAUGCAAACGUAUAUACCCUUUCCACUGUGUUGAUCUUAAGCUGUUAAUAGAUUGUUGGAGACUUAACAAGAGUGUAUACAGCCUCUUGGAGUGGAUUCCUUGGAAAUAAGGUGCCCUUAGAUCCAAGGAUUGCUGCUUAUCAUGAUAGAGUUGUAAAGAAAACAAGCUACCAUUACAGCCACAUAUAUCCCAACAACUUCCUGUGAUUUCUUCUCAGGGGGAUAAGUAAACUGUGCUUUUCACUACUUUAUUCAUGAGAAACAAGCUCCUGGUAACUACAAUUCCCCCUAACAAAGAUUCAAUCUUUCACUUGUCCAUAGUCCUGUUGAUGAUCCUCCUGCAUACAUGUAGAAGAGAAAUGAGCAGAGGCCUUUUGAGGUUGGCCUGAUUCCAAAAUGAAGCACCCUAGUGACAGUAGAUUAGAACCAGAUUUUCUUUCUGAUCCGGACUCAAUAAUCCAAUAACUGAUCCACGUGGACCUUGUUUAUCAAUGAUUCUUGCUUGGGCUGUACCAUUUUUAACCUACAAUGCUAACAUAUUUCAGGGUCUCUAACCAUUUGGAUGUUCCUCGGCUGUUUGGACUUGAAAAGUGGGGAUAUUCCUAUACAAAGUGAAAAUAUGCACUCCAUAUCAAGCAAACAAAUUUUAACAUUAAGAGACUGUUAAACAUGAUGUAUUUCCAUAUGGAUUGAACCCCCGUCUAGCCAAAAAAAAUCAAAGUCAAAACAAAAUCUUUUAUACAAUAGGUAAUGGUUUACUCAAAUAACCCUGCUUGGGUCUUUGAUGAAUUGGCCACUAGUAGCGAGGAGUUGUACAAAUCAUGCUGCUUAGCACUUAUUAACUUGGUUCCCCAGUUAUUGAAUAUUUUACUGACAGAUUGCAUUGUCUUCAGAAAAACUGAUCACUGUUUAUAUGUGGUGUAAGACACAUGCACAACAUUCGUACAAGACUCUUGUGUUCAAGUUGAUUUUAAAACCUGUUGUGUUGGUGCUUUAGGAAUUUUUGUAUAGAUCUUUUUUCUUUAAAAAAAGUGCAUUUCAAAUUCUAUGUAAUGUAUAAUCAUUAACCUCACUGCUCUUGCAGAAGCUGUUUAUAUUGUACAGUGUUCAGGCAGAAUUCCUCGUUUAUGCAUGUGUUGCAUGAGUCUACAGCAGCUGUCACACAUUAGGAACUGUGAUUUUGAUUGAAUUUGAAUUUGGUACCCUAUUGUGAGAUCUUUUGUGUGAUUUGAUUGUAAAAUAAAUACCAUUGCUUUG